ACCACCUUCCUCAAUCUUUCAACAGGAAAAAAAAUGGCGCGAAAAUCGCUCUUUCUCUCACGGAUUAUUCCGGCGAUUCGCGUCCUUUUCCUCUUCCUGCUCAUUUCUCCGCGUCCAAUAAGCGCUGGCCACGAUUACGUCGACGCCCUCCGUAAGUGCAUUCUCUUUUUUGAAGGCCAGCGCUCCGGUAAGCUCCCUCCUGAUCAACGCGUUCGAUGGCGCCGCGACUCCGCAUUGCACGAUGGAUCCACCUCUGGUGUCGACUUAACGGGUGGUUACUACGACGCUGGAGACAACGUCAAGUUCGGGUUCCCGAUGGCAUUUACAACGACUUUGCUGUCGUGGAGCAUCAUCGACUUCGGGAGGAACAUGGGGCCAGAGCUGAAGAACGCCGUCAAGGCAGUCAAGUGGGCGACGGAUUACUUACUGAAGGCGACAGCGGCGCCCGACGUUGUAUUCGUCCAGGUUGGCGAUGCUUACUCGGACCACAACUGCUGGGAGAGGCCAGAGGACAUGGACACACUUCGCACGGUCUACAAGAUCGACCGGGCCCAUCCAGGAUCCGACGUGGCAGGCGAAACCGCUGCUGCAUUGGCCGCCGCGUCCAUUGUGUUCAGGUCACGUGACCCUGCUUACUCCAGACUUCUCCUCAGCCGAGCCGUUAGGGUUUUCGAGUUUGCUGACAGGCACCGGGGAGCGUACAGUGGAAGCUUGUACCACGCGGUUUGUCCCUUUUACUGCGACGUCAACGGUUAUCAGGACGAGUUGCUGUGGGGAGCCGCGUGGCUGCAUAAGGCCUCGAGGAGGCGCCAAUACCGAGAAUACAUAGUUAAAAACGAGGUCGUUUUGAGAGCUGGGGAUACCAUCAACGAGUUUGGUUGGGAUAAUAAGCAUGCUGGGAUUAAUAUCCUCAUUUCCAAGGAAGUGCUGAUGGGUAAAGCAGAAUACUUCGAGUCUUUCAAGCAAAACGCAGAUGGGUUUAUCUGUUCUAUAUUGCCCGGAAUAUCUCAUCCUCAGGUUCAGUAUUCUCCAGGUGGGUUGAUCUACAAGGCUGGAGGCAGUAACAUGCAGCAUGUAACCUCUCUGUCUUUCCUACUUCUGGCUUAUUCUAAUUAUCUAAGCCACGCCAAUAAGGUUGUGCCAUGUGGCGAGACUUCUGCCUCCCCUGCUCUCCUCAAGACGCUGGCCAAGCGUCAGGUGGACUACAUCCUAGGAGACAACCCGAUGAGAAUGUCGUACAUGGUUGGAUACGGUGCACGCUACCCGCAGAGGAUCCAUCAUAGGGCGAGCUCGUUGCCAUCAGUUGCGGCUCAUCCAAGGAGCAUCGGGUGCAAAGCCGGGUCACGUUAUUUUCUGAGCCCAAAUCCUAACCCAAAUGUUCUGGUUGGUGCGGUAGUGGGUGGACCCAACGUGUCGGAUGCUUUUCCAGACUCAAGGCCCUUGUUUCAACAGUCUGAGCCCACAACGUACAUCAACGCACCUUUGGUGGGCCUGCUGGCCCAUUUUUCAGCCCAUUCCUGAAAUGAAAGUGUAAAGGAUGAUGUUAGUGGUGUGCUAAAAUGGUCACCCUGCCUUAAUAUUAUUAAAGAUUUAAAAUUGUUCCUAAUCAAGAAAAUUAUGUUCAAUUGGUAUUAUUCAAGGGUUUUUUUACUUCA